GCUGCUCUCGCCGCCAUGCUGCCUGCCGCGCUGCUCCGCCGCCCGGGCCUGCGCCGCCUGGUGCUCCAGGCGCGCGCCUACGCCGAGGCCGCCGCCGCUCCGGCCCCCGCCGCCGGGCCCGGGCAGAUGUCCUUCACCUUCGCCUCCCCGACGCAGGUGUUCUUCGAUGGUGCCAACGUCCGGCAGGUGGAUGUGCCGACGCUGACCGGAGCCUUUGGCAUCCUGGCAUCCCACGUGCCCACACUGCAGGUCCUGCGGCCCGGGCUGGUGGUGGUCCAUGCCGAAGACGGCACCACAACCAAGUACUUCGUGAGCAGCGGCUCCGUCACUGUGAAUGCGGACUCCUCAGUGCAGUUACUGGCCGAGGAAGCUGUAACACUGGACAUGCUGGACCUGGGGACAGCCCGGGCCAACCUGGAGAAGGCGCAGUCGGAACUGCCCGGUGCAGCGGAUGAGGCCGCACGGGCCGAGAUCCAGAUCCGCAUUGAGGCCAAUGAAGCCCUGGUGAAGGCCCUGGAGUAGGCGGUGUCUGUGGCCCACAGGGAAACUGAGGCAGCUCCGGGCAGAUGAAAACUGCCCUUGGUUGCUGCUGACGUUGCCACCAGAGGGCAGCCGUGCUGCAGCUGCUGACUGAGUGUCCUGUGCUGCCCUGGAGGUCUCCCCAGCCUUCCCCCAGCCUGCGAUCCCCAGGCCGCCCCUGGAGAGCCACCUGGACAGUCAGCCUGCCCCGUCCUGCCUCCAUUAAACACCAGGAACCAA